CGCCGAAUUGGUCGUGGCGACUCGCUGCGAGCAUGGGUGAGUGUUAGAGGGCUGGGCCGUGCAUUGGAGGCUACUAUAGCGAGGCUAGGGCGUGGGCUUGUGUUGAGGUGCGCUCCGGAGGCUAUUACGGCGGGUUGGGACGUGGGUCGAUGCUCGCAUCGGUCGUGUGUGGUGUGGAGAGAGGGGCUAAGGCCUAUGGCUGGUGGAGGCGUGAGUUGUGGUCCGGCGUUGGCGAGCUAUGGCAAGGGAGAGUUGC